CUUCAGGACGUUCUUGCUGAAGAAACUAUAAUUCAUCGGUGCACUAAAGGAACCAACCCAAUAGGAAGGCAAAGCUUUGUGAAGGCACUAGAGUCAUUUGUGAAGUGGCUGGAAGAGGAGGAAUAGAAUGUACAAAACAAGUUUACAAGAGUCAUGCUGCAGGAAAACCUGUACAAAGCAAGUUCGAUAUAGUCGAAAAUCAGGAGGUGAGGAAGAGCCAACAAAGCUUUUGCCUAAUGAAGAUGUUUCUCAACUUGCUUCAACGGGAUUUAAUCAUCUUCAUAGUAAAAAAACUGCAAUCAACGCUUCAAAUGCCGAGGAAGUAAGGAAGAGCCAACAAAGCUUUUCCCUAAUGAAUAUGUUUCUCAACUUGCUUCAACGGGAUUUAAUCAUCUUCAUAGUAAAAAACUGCAAUCGACGCUUCAAAUGCCGAGGUAAUGCAUCUAUCUUCAACUAGAUGAUAUUAUUAGUGGUCAAUAAUCUUUAUUUCAAAGACUACAAAUCAACUAUACUAGACUAGCUGAGGUGAGAAUGGUUCUACCUAUUUUUUUUAUCAUUAUUUACAUGUAUUUUCAUAUUCAUAUUGUUUUAAGCUUAAGUGUUUGAUGUAGUCUAUGUAUUAAGUAUUGUUUUUUGGUUUCAUAAUUUAUUUACAAAUUAGAUCAAAAGCAAAUAAAAAAAAUAAUCUUGGAAAAAGGCCCAGAAUUUAUUAGUCGCUUUAGGCCUCUAAAAAGCUUGAGCAGACCCUGCAAAGAAUACACACGUUGAAGGUAAUCUAAACUACUGCUGACUUUUCUUCUUCUUUUUUUUCUACAGCUCAUAGAUAAUAUAAUAAAGCCAAAUUCUAGAUUGUUGGCCUUUUGGAUGACAAAUAAUUAAAAUCAAAAUUAAGAUGAGAAAUCUUUGCUUCAAACUUUCUGCUCUAGUUUUCUCAAAUGCCAACGUAUCAUUUAAAGAUGAAAAACACGGGUCCUAAUCAAUCGGAAAACUACUGCAACUUUGAAUAGAAAGUGGGGAUAGCCAGGAGCACUAAUUGUGUUUUAUGUUUAUAUAUUCUUGAGUUCGGAUGUUCUUAUUGUUGUUAUUAGGCUGUGGAUGGAUUCAUGUGGUUUGCAAACGGACUUGGUCCUGUAAUUGGUAAAAAAAGAAACAAACCCGGUGAGCUGAAGCCAUAACGUCCAAGUCACAUUGAGUAUCACGUGAAAAAAACGACCAAAGUGCAUUAAUGGACCAAAAAUCAAGCCAGUUCUAUUAUGUCCAAGUCACAUUUCGUAUUCAUUUAUUUUAAUUAAGUGUAUUUUUAUAUUUAUGUAGUACUAAUACUGAAACAAAUUUUUCAUUAAAAGUUUUAUGUCAACACCGGUAAAUAUUUUUUUAGGCCACCUGACUAACACACGGGGUCGUGUUUGUUGAUGAAAAGAAACCAGAAGUAACUGAAAGAUGCACGCAAAUAACGUGGUAAGUGGUGCACUUGAAACUUGGCACAAAGGUAUGCUACCCUAUAUAUAUUAAUUAAUAUAAUUGUUGAUUAACCCUUGAGUUCUUCAACCCAUGUAUGUUUUAGGUGGGUAUCACUAAGCCAUCUACCAGGAAGAAUAACAUUUGUAGUAUGUGUUUGGUUUUCCUUCUUAUUCAAUAAUGAACUUUUAAAAACAAAUGUAUAUUCUUUUAGGCCGACUCAGUAAUAUCUACACUUUGCUUUCAGUUAUAAAAAUGUUUUAAAUACUGUGAUAAUGAUUUUGGUUGCAGGACAGAACAUCGAGCACUAUGCAUCUGAGUUAAUCGAGGGUUAAAGGCUACAACAUUAAAAUAUA